AGGUUUGUUGAUGACGCAUCGGCAAUUUACGAUUCAAACGUUCAAGAUCCUGCCAGCGAUUUCAACAUUCAAAUGGCGAAGUUAGGACACGGUCUCCUCUCCGGGAAAUACUCUCAGAAAAACCCCAGAGACCUCUGAGGAAGACAGGGUGGUUAGACCACAGGGUAUAGCGCCCAUAAUGUUCAAGACAUUGGUCGGGAAAGGUCACCCUGAUUUUUCCACCAAAAAGCAACAGGAUGUGUUGGAGUUUUUGCUACAUUUUAUUACAAUAUUGCAGAGGAACAGCCGUCACCUGCAAGACCCGUCUGAGGCGUUCAAGUUCCAAGUGGAGGACAGGUUCCAGUGUUCCGUUAGCAAGAAGGUGAAAUACACUCACCGCACUGAGUACUGCCUGCCUGUUCCUAUCCCGUUGGAGGCGGCGCUGAAUAAGGAGGAGGUAGCUGCUUGGGAGGCUCUCAAGGAGGAGGCUCAAGCUAAGGGGCAGAAAGUUGAUUUCAGCCAACAGGUGAGGCCACACAUAAAGCUGUCUUCCUGUUUCGACGU